AUACGGUUGUCAAACGGUCAACACCAGCCACAGCAGAAUCCCAAAAUGGCAUUCAAAUUCGCCGUCUUCGCCGCCAUUGUGGCCGUCGCCAACGCAGUCGCCAUCGGAUACCCGGCCCCGCUCGGUGCCGUCCAUGCCCCGUACGGAGCGUACCCGGCCGUCGCUAAGGUUGCUGCCGUCGCUAAGGUUACCGACGACUACGACCCGAACCCGCAGUACAGCUACAGCUACCACAUUGCCGAUGCUCUGACCGGAGACAACAAGGAACAGCAGGAAUCGCGCUCGGGAGAUGUUGUCACUGGCUCGUACGCUCUGGUUGAGCCCGAUGGCACCCGUCGUGUCGUUGAGUACACCGCCGACCCCGUCAACGGAUUCAACGCCGUUGUCCACCGUGAGCCACUGGGCGUGAAGGCCGUGGCCCCGGUUGCUGCCUAUCCCGCCGUCGCCAAGGUUGCCGCUCCGUACGGAUACCCCGCGUACGGCAAGGCCAUCCUCGGUUAAGCGGAACUGAUAUCAAGCGAUACUCAAGCGCGAUCAAUCGGCCAACGAUACUCGAGUGCGAGUGUGGCGAGCCGAUUGGUUGGAGCACCUGGGAUACAACGACGACGUUUGCUAACGCAUAAAAAUAACGGCCCAUAAUGAUCGAACAAUCGAAUUAUCUACACACCACGAUAACUCAUUUGUAAAUAUUAGCGCAAGUGCUUCGAGCAACAACCAACGAUCCAACAUCAUC